ACCCUCUCCACCUUACUUCAGUCAGCUGGUCUCCUUCUCUCCUCUCCCUUUCUAUCAUCCAAAUUCCCCAAUCCUUACACUGCUUGUCAUUCUCCAGCUAGAUAAAGGCUUCUCACUGUUUAGUUUACUCUGCUAAGAAAAAGAGCAAACAAAGCUACAAUUCUGCUUCAAAGUUGCUAACGCUACUUUCUCCAGUUCAGCAUGGCGAUCCUUCGAUCGCUGUUCUGUGUCUGGAUGUUGGUCACAUUGCUGUCAUUGGGUCCCCAGAGCUCACUCGGAAGAUCUCAUUUCCAUAAGAAGCAAAAGAGUACUCCGAAAAACGGUAAAGGCCAUAGCUCUGUGUCCCCUGUAAAUUCCCCAGCAAACGCACCAGGUACUACCACUACCGAUCCCUGCAAUUCAAGCUCGGAUCCAUGUAUCUUCGAUGUGAGAUCCUUCGGUGCGGUCGGUGAUGGUUCCACCGAUGACACCGAAGCAUUCCGGUCGGCAUGGAAGGAAGCCUGCUCCGUCGAGUCAGGUACGCUGCUCGUGCCGUCGGAUGGCGUCUUCAUGAUCACUUCCACAAUCUUCUCUGGCCCUUGCCAACCGGGGCUUGUGUUUCAAGUUGAUGGAGUUUUGAUGCCACCCGACGGCCCCGACUGCUGGCCAGAGUCCGACAGCAAGCUCCAGUGGCUCGUGUUUUAUCGACUCGAUGGGAUGACUUUGAGAGGAGAAGGAACAAUUGAAGGGAAUGGAGAAGAGUGGUGGAACCUCCCCUGCAAACCCCACAGAGGGCCAAAUGGAUCCACAUUGCCCGGACCUUGCAGUAGUCCUGCAUUGAUCAGAUUCUUUAUGAGCCGCAACCUGACUGUGAGAGACCUAUGCAUUGAGAACAGCCCACAAUUCCACGUCAAAUUUGAUGGCUGUGAAGGGGUGCAUAUCGAAGGCCUGACGAUAAAUUCGCCUGCUCUUAGUCCGAACACCGACGGCAUCCAUGUCGAGAACACAAAGUCCGUCGCAAUCUACAAUUCGAUGAUAAGCAAUGGUGAUGACUGCAUCUCUAUUGGCCCUGGUUGUUCUGAUGUUGACAUAGAGAACAUCACCUGUGGCCCAGGUCACGGCAUAAGCAUUGGAAGCCUUGGGAUCCACAACUCUCAAGCUUGUGUCUCAAAUGUAUCUGUAAGGAAUGCAGUGAUAAGGCACUCUGAUAAUGGUCUAAGGAUCAAGACAUGGCAGGGUGGUAUGGGGACCGUAUCGAGUAUUAGCUUCGACACCGUAUACCUGGAGAACGUAAGGAAUUGUAUCAUCAUAGACCAAUACUAUUGCUUGGACAAGAAGUGUAGGAAUCAAACAUCGGCGGUCUACGUAUCCGAUGUCUCAUACACUAACAUCAAAGGGACAUACGAUGUAAGGAGUGCCCCCAUACACUUUGCAUGCAGUGACACCGUGCCAUGCACCAAUAUUACCAUGUCGGAGGUCGAGCUACUACCUUAUGAAGGGGAGCUUGUGGAUGAUCCCUUCUGUUGGAAUGCUUAUGGGGUCACACAGACCCUCACAAUCCCUCCUAUCUCUUGUUUGCAGGAUGGGCAGCCUCAGAAUCUCCAGGACAGCUCCAAUUAUAAUUGCUAACACAACAUAACAUGCUUUGGCCAUAGCAAAUAGUAGCCACAUAUAGAACAUAGAAUAAAGUCCAAGACCCGUACAGCUGAUGAACAAUUAAUUUUUCUUCGUUGUUCUGGCCAUUGUGGGGCUUGCAUGGUGUUUGUGAACCUUUUCUAUAUGUAUUUGCUUCCAUGUAUUUGUGCUUUUGUUGUAGAUGGCCCAUUGGCCUCAAAUAGUUUUAAAAGCAUGGGAGGGUAACCACAAGGUGCAUUUGAAUGGAAGUUUUAUCUUAGUUAUAUAAUUCCCACUUGUUCAUGG